AUGUUGACAUUUUCAUAUACUUUAAUUAUUUUUGUUAUUUGUUUGAUUAAUAUUAUAUCUAAUCAAUUAAUCUUACAACCAGCACAAUCUAAUAUUUCACGUUAUCAAUUUGAACCGUUUGUUGCUUUGUGUGCCGGGCAGAAAACUACUCGAGCUAUUACUUGGCAAUCUCCAUUACAAAUUGAUAUUGAAGAAAAUAGUAAUGCAAGAAUAACGAUAGAACGUAAACAUUAUGGGUUAAGAUUGCGCAUACGAAAUAUAACACGCAAUGAUCAAGGUACAUGGACAUGUUUAGGUUUCAAUCAAGAUGGAAAACCAUUUUCAAGUUCUUUACAAAUCCUUGUUAAAGUGCCAAUUACAUUUAUAAGUGAACCAAUUCAAUAUGCUGAAAUAAAUACUGCUGUAUUAAUCAAAUGCCGAUUGGUAUCAAAUGUUGCUGCUGAAAUUUCUUGGUACAAAGGACACAAUAGAAUAGAAAUUUUAUCCUCAAAUUACGAAAAAACAACUGAUGGAUUAAAAAUUAAUCGAGUCUCAUCGAUAGAUAAUGAUAUUUUUUGGUGUCAGGCAGAUGUUAUUGAAACUGGUGAAUCAAAAGAUUAUCAAAUUCAAGUUGUUAUUGCUCAACCUAUAAAAUCUGCAAAAAUCAUCUGUAUAGAACCAUGUGCUGUUGAAAAACGAACAGCUACGUUAAUUUGUGAAGCGAGUGGCAUACCUCCACCACAAUUUUCAUGGUUUUAUGGGCAGAAUGAGCAUUUAAUUGUAAGUGGAAUAUCGAAAUUUAUUGCUCGUGGUAAUCGAUUAAUUAUAAAUCAUGUUGAUGAAACAGACAGUGGUCGAUAUUCAUGUCAUGUUUUUAAUGAUUUUGAUCCGAAAGGUCAAAAAGUAGACUACACUCUUCACGUCAUUAUACCACCGAAUCUUUUACCUAUAGCUCAACAAGAAAUUACUAUUGAUGAGAAUUUCCCGUCGAGACGCGUCGGCUUUACCUGUCGUCUUGAACGUGGUUCAAUUGAAAAUUUUUCUCUAGAAUGGCUCGAUACUCAUAAUAAACCCGUACAAGCGAUUGAUGGCAUAUCGAUUGAUGACACCCAAUUGAUAACACAACGUUUAAUUCAAUUAAAUUUUAAUCCUAUCAGCCGUGAGCAUCAUGGAAAUUAUACAUGUCUUGCAAAGAAUUCAGCAGAUUUGACAUCAACUAUUGCUCGUCUUAUUGUUAACUAUAAACCGAUACUUAUUGAACCCAAAAUGAAUGAUAUCCAUAGCAUACCUAACCAUCCAACAAUAAUGCAAUGUCGAAUCGAUAGUUAUCCACCACCUGUUAUUCAAUGGGUAAAAUUAAUACAAGGUUAUGAUACAAACCAGACUAUUUUAAGAAAUAAUGAUCCACAAGUGAUUGAUAUUUUUACGCAACAAAUCAAUUCGACAAUUUAUGAAACAAAAUUGACGUAUAAUCCAUCAGAAGAAGAUUUUGGUUUUAUAUUUGAAUGUCGAGCCAAUAAUUCUCGUAUAGAAAAACAUUCAAUAACGCUUCGACGCGCAGAACCUCCACGGCCAGUUCGUAUAUCUAAUGUUCAGCCAACUUCAAAUACAAUUGAACUUAAUGUUCAAACACCAACAGACUAUGCUGACAUACCUUUAAUUCAAUAUAUUGUCAAAUAUGAACAGAUUGAUGCUCCUAAUUCACUGAAAACAAUCUCAUUUCCAGUUGUAUCAAAUCAAUCACAAUCAAUUGAAAUCAAAUCUCUACAAGCAGCAAGUACGUAUCGAAUUCAAGUAGCUGCUGAAAACUAUGCAGGACCUAGUGUUUUUUCAACGCCGAUUCAAGCAACAACAUUUUCUGGAGAAGUUCCACAAUUUAACUUAUCCAAAACUUCAUGUCUCGAUCAUAGAUCUUGUUUGGUUCAAUGGAUUAUUGAGUACGAUGGAGGUUCAGCGAUUUCGCGAGCUGAAAUUGCUUAUGCUAUAAUUCAUGGUGCAAACAAAGUAGAAAAAUGGAGUAAGCCAAUUAAUAUUGAGUUUCCGGCUACUGAAUACGAAUUGAAAGAGCUGAAACCGAAAACAUAUUAUGAUAUUGUUGUUCGUCUAUUUAAUGCAGCUGGUAAUAGUGAAAAAAUAAUUCGAGUAAUGACAGGUUUUUCUUCUACAUGUGGUACAGAUUGUCGUUCAAAACCAAGUAUAUGGAUCAUUGUAGGAAUAAUAACUAGUAUUAUUAUUGGUACUAUUAUAGUAUUUGUUUUAUUGAUUUUAAAUCGAGUGUUACGUAUACGUACAAUCGGUCGAAAUCCUGAGUCAUCGCCAUUGACUCCCAGAACAAUCGAGAUUCAAGAUUAA